CUCGGCCCCACGCGUGCCCCGGGCCCGGCACGGAGCCGCCGCUGAGCCCCGCGCACCGGCACCGGCACCGGCCCGGAGUCCAGAGUUUCAAUGUUCUGACUUGCUCUAAGAUGAAGGUAUGGAAGUUUGCAGCCAUUGCAUCGAUGCUCCUCAGUUCCAUGUUAUCCAUUUUAGUUUGUAGAGACAUGUUCAGCGGAAGCCGGGAAUUCAGCCCCUUGCCUUCCUCGCCGUCUUCCUCACGGGAUUCCUCCUCCUCCUCCUCCUCUUCUUCCUCCUCCUCCUCCUCCUCCUGGCUGCCGGCGGCUCCGCGGAGAUCCCCCCGGGCCCUGCAACGCCACGGCUCCCUGCUGGCCCAGUACACCGCCUUGCUGGAGAGCUACACGGAGGGCGAGCUGCGGCAGCUGCUGUCGGCGCUGGUGGAGCGUUACCGCCAGGCCAUGAACUCGGGCGGGCGCGAGCUGCCGCUGUUCCCCCGCGCGGGCGCCGGCGGCCGCAGCAAACGCGCCCGCGCCCGCCACAAACCCUGCGAGCUGCGCCAGCUCGAGGUCAGCGUCAGCGAGCUGGGCCUGGGCUACGAGUCCGACGAGACCGUCCUGUUCCGCUACUGCAGCGGCACCUGCGAGGCCGCCGUGCGCAGCUACGACCUGUCCCUCAAGAGCAUGAGGAGCCGCAGAAAGAUCCGGAAGGAGAAGAUCAGGGCCAGGCCGUGCUGCAGGCCGCUCUCCUACGACGACGACGUGUCCUUCCUGGACGCCUACAACCGCUACUACACCGUCAACGAGCUGUCGGCCAAGGAGUGCGGCUGCGUGUGACGGGGACGGAGGAGGAGGGACCGAGGCGCUGGUGGCCCGCGGGGUGGCCGUCCCCACAGGACCAGAGGUGUGGCCGGUGCCACGCUGGCUGCUCCGAGCUGUUGUCCCCUCCCUGGCGGUUGCUGCUGAGGGGACGGCGGGAGUGAAGGCGCGCAGGGCACGGCGGGGGCUCCGCGUGCGCCGUGUGUCGCUUGUGUCACCGGUGUCACAUGUGUCACACGUGUCACGGGCUGCCUAACCCGCACAGGGGGUGGGACCUGCCUGUGCUGGGGGUUCUGUGUCGGGUGUGGCACAGGGGUGUGGCACAGGGGUGUGGCACAGGGUGUGGCACACACAGGGGGUGUUGUGAGCAGUGCUGGUGCUGGACGGGGUGUGCUGCACACCUGAGGUGUGUUUUGGGGUCUCCUGCACACCUGGGUGUGUUUUGGGGUGUCCAGCACAUUCAGGGUGUAUUUUGGGGUGUCCCACACACCUGGGGCUUGUUUCGGGGUCUCCUGCACACCUGAGGUGUGUUUUGGGGUGUGCUGGACAUCUGUGCUAUGUUUUGGGGUGUCCUGCACACCUCGGGUGUGUUUUGGGAUGUCCUACACACCUGAGGUUUGUUUUAGGGUUUGCUGGACACCUCAGGGGGUUUUUUUUUGGGUGUGCUGCACACCUGAGGUGUGUUUUGGGGUGUCCCACACACCUGGGGCAUGUUUUGGGGUGUGCUGCGCACCUGGAGUGUGUUUUGGGUUCUCCUGCACACCUGGGGUGUGUUUUGGUGUGUCCUGCACACCUCAGGCAUGUUUUGGGGUGUCCUGCACACCUACGGUGUGUUUUGGGGUGUCCCACACACCUGAGGUGUGUUUUGGGGUCUCCUGUAAACCUGGGAUGUGUUUUGGGAUGUGCUGUACACUCACGGUGUGUUUUGGUAUGUCCUGCACACCUCAGCCAUGUUUUGGGGUCUACUGCACACCUUGGGUGUGUUUUGGGGUGUCCUGCACACUCAGGGAGUGUUCUGAGGUGUCCUGCACACUUGUGGUGUUUUUUGGGGUGUGCUGCACACCUAAGGUUUGUUUUAGGGUUUGCUGGACACCUCAGGGUUUUUUCUUGGGUGUGCUGCACACUUGAGGUGUGUUUUGGGAUGUGCUGGACACUCGAGAUGUGUUUUGGGGUGUCCCGCACACCUGGGGUG